AGAUAAAAAAUAAUAAAAAACAACAAAAUAAAAUAUUUUAAGUUUCUCAUCAAAAUUUUCCAAAAUUUUCAAUUUUCAAACAGUUUUAAGUGAUAUAUAUUAAUCUUACAACUAUUUUAUUUUUAACAAAAUGUUCCGUAAUGAAGAUACAGGCCCUAAAUUAUGGUUUAAUGAGAUAUGGGCUACAAAAUCUAUUGCUAAAAGAGAAUUUCAAAAAAAUAAUUAUGAAAUAGCUGCUCAAUACUGUGAGAAAGUAUUGGCGGUGUCCAAAAAUGAUUUAGACACUAGAAUCCUUCUAAGCAAAUGUCAACAGAAAUUGUUUAAACCAAAAUUGGCGUACACAAAUCAUAUGCUAGCAGAAGAUCAAUUUCCUGAUAAAUUAUCAGUCUUGGAGAAUAGAGCAAGUAUAAUGCUGGAAAAUGACGAAUUUGAAAAAAGUUUAAUAACAUAUUUAAACAUAUCAAAAAAAAAGAUCAAGCCUAUAGAUUUUACAUUGGGAGUUCUAAAGUUGUCACAAAUAAUAAACAACUCAACAAAUUUAAGUAAAAAAAAAUAUAAAGAACGUUGUUUGGGAAAUACAGUUAUGAAGUUGGCAGAGCUAGGGGGGUUGGAUAACACAGAAGCCUUGAAUUCGGUACUUUCUAAAACAAAACUUACAUGCAAAAAAAAAAAGCAAUCAUUUUAUCUUGGUCGUUUAGCAGAAGAUAAAAGGUUUUUUGAAGCAGUACUUGAAUCUGGUGGUCCUAGGCCGCCGUUUUACAAGGCAGAAAAGAAAUUAUUAAAUAAUAUGAAACAAGUUGUUGACUCAUUAGACGUAGCAUAUGAUCAAUUGUAUAAAAGAAAACAGCUAUUUAUCUAUAGAUGUGAAAAACCUAAAAUGAAAGGCGAUAGACUCUCAACUCAAAUUAAUAAUUCAAAUCUUAUAAAAGAUAUGACACAUCUUACGAUUUGUAAAUACUUAAACCUUAUCACUUAUUUACUUAUUCAAAACCAAAUUAAAGAAGCUAAAUUAAAAACGGAGCUAAUGAUAGAAUUUAUGGAGAAUAAUUCUUAUGAAUCCGACAUUAUUUUGGAUAAGGUUUACCAAUGUUUUGGUAUGGCGCAAUAUGUAUUGUUUCAAAACAUCAAUCGGUGGAACAUAGAAAAAAAUCAUCGGAGAAUGCUCAUUUUUUUAGGAGCUACUAAAACUAACAUACCACUCCAGGAAUCAUUAUUUGGACCAUUUGAAAUAAAUCCUAAAAGAACUCUAAAAAAAUUACGUGCUCGUUUGGAAAAAUCGAAGUCGACGAUGGAAAUGAGUUUUAUUUAUUACGAAAAAGCUAAAUGUUAUUUGGAGUUGGGCUAUGAUAAUCUUAAAAAUGCUCGAAAUAAAGCCACUAGAUGUUUACAACUAGCUAAAGAAAUUAAAAAUCAAACGUGGAUUGUGAACGCAUUAAUUUUACUCGUAUCGAUUGAAUUUCAAUUAGACAAUAAACCCAAGUGCUGUCACAUAUUAUAUAAAGCUAUUGCAAUUGCGUACAAACUCCAAGUGCCCGGAGUCUUAAUAUUUUUGGAAAAGGUGGCUAAAAUGAUUUUUGAAACUAAUGCUAUACAUGUUACGCGAACUGAACAAAAGAUAAUGGAAGUUUUAGAUUUCAUGCCCGACGUUUCAACAAGAAUGAAUGCAAUGUACAAGUUUAAACGGUUAAUCACUAUGCCGAUAAAUCUAUAGUAGUACUAAAUUAAGAAUGUCGAUUAUAAAUUCUUAACAGCAUAUAAAACAGCGUAUUUAUCUAAUGUAAUAUUCUCGUCAUAAACAUA